AUCUUAUUUCAGGAUUGAUGUCUUGGCCAUUCUUUCUUGUGUGGAAAACUUGUUGUGGUCAGUAUGCAGCACAGUUCAAGAACUCAUCAAGCCAACACAAAGUUACAGAGAUGUCAUUUUUAAGAUACAUAGCUACUGUGACCACCUGCUUGUGGUUCUGACAACCUCUGCAGCACCCUUGGAUAUCUUGUCACAGGCAGUUAAGAAGAAACGUUUUGAUGAACAUCAUGCUCAUCCUUCAGAACCAUUACCUGAAGAUUUACUGUACUGGUUAAAGAAAGUAAAUCCCAAUAUAUUCCCCUCCUCAUCAAAAACUCCAUCAGCAGAAGAAAUGGCAGUCCAGGGUCAGCUGAAACUGCUCUUAUCCCAACCAUGCUGUAAUUGGAACUUGCUGCUCGAAACACUGCUGCAUCCUGAUUGUCUUGUUGCUAGAACUUUGCUGACUGGCUCAAUAAGGGAGACAGCAUGUCUGGAAUCAAGCAAUUUGGAAAUAACAAUGGAAACGAACAAUGGCAAAACUUUAUCAGACACAUUCCUGACGCACAGUUUUUUCUUAUUGUACUUUUGCUCCUUGUUCUUUUACUUUCUUGCUGGAAAAAUAUAUGGAUCAGGAGCAACUUUGGGACUCUCUCUGUAACCAGACAGCACAAACUAGUACAAACGUAGUGCUCACAUUUCUAAGGAGCGUCCUCUUAAAAUCAGUAAGAGGCACAGUGAAUGAGGUGGCAUCUCUUAUCACUUCCAUGGAGCCUAGUGAUCAUUCUCUGUCUGGUUCACAUCAUUGUAAUAUUACUGAUAUAUUGCUCAGAGCUUUACCAGAGAAAUGGAGUUUCAGCAACUUGGAUAGAAAAGAGGCAAAGCAUAAAGAUUUCACGAGAUUGACAGCUGAAGCAGUCUCCAUUGUAAUCAACAAGCUACCUUCAGUAAUUGCCUGCUUGCUUCCGCCAAUAAAGUAUUUCUACUCUUUCUCUGAAAGAAAAAUAUCAGAACAGUAUUCUGCAGUAAAGAAUAUGGGAAUAUUGGUGUGGAACCUUAUUGCAAUGAUAUGCCAUAUACUGAAAGAUGGAAAUGCCACAGAGCAGCUGACACAUACCACUCUGUCUAGAUGGAGCCAAGAGAGGCUUGCUUUGGUUUGCGGAUGCUUGGAAAAGAUAGCUGAUUUCAAAGCCACUAAUUCCAAGGAUGAAAUCCAAAGGGUGUUUGAAGAUCUACAGAAACGCACACCUGGCUGGGUCGAGAACGAGCUGCUAAAAGCUAAAACUCUGUGCUGUAAGGGUGACUUUGCAAUACAAGAAGACCGUUCCGCAGAAGGAGUUCAAGGCAACAGGCUCGAUUUGACUGAGCAGAAAAUAAAUAUGAUGGUACUGGAUAUCUGCCACAAACCAGGUGGCAGCGAGUACCUGAGGCAAAUUCAUCACAUCAUCCAGCUCAAUGAGGUUUACCUGAAUGAGGCAUUGUCUUCCCAACAUUCCAAACAGGCAGAUGCACAUUCAGAAGCAUUUCAUUUGACCUUGACCAGUGCAGAAGACCAGCUUUCAUCUUUCAACCCUCUGCAUACAUUCACACUACCUGAUUCUACCACAAUGAGAGAAGGAUGCAAUUGGUCAGCAUUGUUACCACACUGUUUACAAGUGAAUCCUGUGACCUUGGGAGGGCUGCUACUGCACAGG